UGGUGGAAGGCAGUGGUAGUGGUGGUGGUGGUGGAAGGCGGAGAUGAUUGUAGUGGAAGGUAAUGGUGGUUUUUUAACUUCGAAUAUGAGGGUGUUUUGGGAAAUCAAUUUUUUAAAAUAAAUUACUUGGGAAUGGAAUGGCCAUUCCAUAGGUUUAGUUGUGGAAUGGAUUUUCAUUCCAAUGGAAUGACCCUUCCCACUUUAAGUUGCAUACCAAAUAAAGGAAUGGUUGAAAUGGGCAUUCCAUUCCAUUCCCUUCCUGAACACCAAACGUGGCAUUAGUGUCAAUUAUUGUAUUGAAAGUAACUUGAAAAACAUAGAUAUUAUAUAACUUGUACAUUAACAUGCACUUUUUAAUUUCCCUUUCAUUAUAAGGAUGCACUGCAACUACAAUUAGCUAAUCAAUUUAAUGUUCUCGUUAAGCAUGACCUAUAUUUCCAACUCUUUUAAAAUAUUAAUUCAUUUGAUGAUUCAAGUUAUGCAUACUAACGGAUCGUUAAGCAUGACCUGUAUUUCCAAUUCUUUUAAAGUAUUGAUUCAUUUGAUGAUUCAAGUUAUGUAUACUAACCGAUAAAUUAUCAUUAAAUCCAAGUUUUUCAAUAUUCUUCACGUACAAGGACGGAUUCAGAAAUUGUUAAUGAGGUGAGCUAAUAUUUUUUGGGUGAACUAAUACUAAUAAUAAUUUUUUUUUUUUUAGCUGAACUAAAAUUGAUUAUAGUUUUUUGUUUUUGUUUUGGGAUGGGCUCAAGCCCACCCAACCCACCUCCUUAGAUACGCCCUUGUUCACAUAUAGUGACCCGGAGGGAUUGAACUUGGAAUAAGAGGCAAUGGAUAUCUUUCAGACUCUAUAUGGCGUUGGCAAAGACAUAUGUAGACCACUUGCUAAAUGCUUGUGUUCUGUAAUAAGCCUGCCAGAUAGGUUCACGGAGCUUAAAAAUCAAUUAACAACUUUAAGUCGACGGAGGGCCGACAUUGAAGCUAAGAUAGAGGGUGUAAAUCGACAAAAGGCUCCAACAAUUGAAUGCAAGGGCUGGAUUGAAGACGUGGAUAAGAUUGAAAAAGAGGUAAAGGAUAUUGAAGACCAGCAUCUUAUUAACAAGAGAUGUUUAAGUGGCUGCUUCCCGGAUGUAAUUGCUCGGGCAAGACUUGGCAAAAAUGUGGAGGAGAUGAUCAUAAGAGUUAAAGAUCUCCAGGAGAAAUCCAAGUUUGAAGCUGGUUUUGUUGAUGAUUUGCCAAAAGCUGAGAUGUUGCCUGAGAAGCUCAAGGAGCUUAACAAGCAAUUAACAACUUUAUGUCGACGGAAGGACGACAUUAAAGCUGACAUAGACCGCGCAAAUGGACAAAAGGCUCCAACAAAUGAAUGCAAAGGUUGGAUUGCAGAUGUGGGUAAGAUUGAAGAAGAGGUGAAGAAAAUUGAAGAAGAGGUGAAGAAGAUUGAAGAGCAUGACCUUGUUAGCGAGGGAUGCUUUCCAGAUGCCAUCUGUGAAGAUGUGGAGAAGACGAUCGAAAGCGUUAAAGAACUCCAUGAGAAAUCCAAGUUCGAAGCCGGUUUUCUUGCUGAUUUGCCACUAGCAAAAGUUGAGAAGAUGCCUCUCGAAAAUUUGAGUGUGGAAGCUUCGACGGAAAGCACCUUGCAAAAGAUAUUAGAACAUGUAAGAGAUGGAGCAACUCAAAAGAUUGGAAUUUGGGGCAUGGGUGGUAUUGGGAAGACAACAUUAAUGAAACUCUUGAAUAAUAGGCCUGAAAUUACAAAUAUGUUUGAUGUCGUAAUCUGGGUUACCGUCUCAAAUUCUUGGAGCAUUAGAAAAGUUCAAGAUGGAGUUGCAAAGCGCUUAUCGUUGGAUCUAAAGAAUGAGUCAGAUGACGAAACAGUUGCAAGAAGAUUGCUACAUGAGCUCGAGGGAAAAAAGUACUUGUUGCUUUUGGAUGAUGUAUGGGAAUUCUUGAACUUGGCUACUGUCGGUAUACCAAGCGUAAACCAAAACAACGGUGGCAAAGUUGUUUUGACAACCAGAAAUUUUGGAGUUUGUCGUGAGAUGCAAACUGAUGCGGAGAUCAAUGUGGGGGCAUUGCCCAAAGAAGAAGCAUGGAAGAUGUUUGAGUCAAUUGUUGGAGGCAUAGCUAUGUCACAAACAAUACAACCGAUAGCUAAAGAAAUCGUCCAACAGUGUGAUGGUUUACCACUUGCACUAAAGGUAGUAGGUAGGGCUCUAAGAAACGAGGAAAGUGUUUCUGUCUGGCGCAAUUUAUUGAGAAAGUUGAAAUCGCCUGAUAAGUCUUAUGUCAAGGGCAUGAGCGACAAUGUGUUUACGUCAUUGAAAGCCAGUUAUGACCAUUUAUGUUCAGAUGAUGCUAGCAUGAAGAACCGGUUUUUGUACUGUGGCUUGUAUCCUGAAGACCAUGAGAUUAAGAAGUCUAAGUUGAUUAAAUAUUGGAGAGCGGAGGGUCUUCUUUCGAGUGAAUGUACUUUGGUGGAAGCUGGUGACGAGGGGCGUGACCUAUUGCGUGAUCUUAUUGAUGCAUCACUGUUAGAAAAAUGCGAGGAUGACAACCAUGUAAAAAUGCAUGAUGUGAUUCGAGAUUUUGCUCUACAUUUGACUUCCUCGAAAGGAGGAGAAAAAAGCAGACAUGUAGUGAGAGCUGGCAUGUCCGGACAAGAGAUGGUACUGAAUGAUAAGGAAUGGGAAGAAGCAGAUAGGAUCUCGUUUAUCAAUGCAGAAGGGUACAGCUUACCAGAGAUGCCAAAUUGCCCCAAGCUCUUAACAUUGCUGCUUCAUUGUGAUUUUUCUAUUCGUUAUUCUCCUUAUUUGCAAGCAAUACCUGAAUCUUUCUUUAACCACAUGCCUACACUUCGAGUUUUGGAUAUGUCAGGUAGCACUAUCUGCUCAUUGCCAUCUUCCAUCUCAAAUCUGGUAAGCCUUCGAGCAUUGCUUCUCAAAAGUUGCAGAGAGUUAAAGGCACUCCCUCAUGAAAUUAAUGCACUUAAGAAACUGGAGGUGCUCAAGAUCACUUGGCACAACAUGAGAGAUCUGCCUGGUGAGAUUUGGGAGUUGACCAGCCUUAAAUGUUUGAAAUUGAAGGACACAACAAUUAAUGAUGCUGAGAUUAAGGUGAUGAUUCCUAUUCCUAGUGGGAAGAUAUCCAAACUUUCUCAACUGGAACAUUUGAAAUUGCAAAUAAUGCUUUUGUACUGGAUGAAGAAAGUAGAGGAGUUGUGGCAGGAGAGCUUUCCAUCAUCUCGACACGGCUUUCUUCACUUGUAUUCCAAUUUGGAUCCGUGAAUAAUUUGAAACAAUUUGUUGAACACAGCGGAGUAUGGAGAGAUGGCAGGUUAACGAAAUUCCAUUUCACUGUUGGGGCUAGAAAUAUGACUCAUAAAAGUGUGUAUUUUCCUCGUAAAUACAAGCGGAUUCUGGGUUAUGAUGGCAAAAUAGAUGAAGGCAGCGGCAUCGUUUCAUCUGCAGUGAGGGACGUGAUCAAACGUUCAGAGGUUCUGAAUUUACAUGGUUGUAACGCGCUUGAAGGCUUGGCAGAUGAAGAUGGAUUGCAAGCAAAUGCUUUUGCGAAUCUAGAAUACCUAGACUUGGUGCAACUCACUAAUUUAAGAAGCAUCUUAUGCGGCUGCUGCGAGAUCUCAACGCCAAUGCCAUUAAAAGACAACUUCAAGAGUCUUCAAGUAUUGGUUGUGACUGAAUGCCCGAUGUUGAAGCAGCUCUUCUCAUCAUGGGGUUUGCUUUCGCAAUUCAUUCAUUUAGAAGAAUUGGUCAUCUGGAAUUGUAAGGGAUUGGAGGAGAUGAUUUCAGUGGACAAUGAUGACGAUGAUGAGAUCGGAAAUAAUAAUAGUUGGACACCACUACCCAAACUGAAGCAUCUGGGGCUUGAAAAACUAGAGGAAUUUGUUGGUUUCUUCUCCAAGGGGAAUAAUAAUGUUCUGCUGCUGCUGCGUUGGCCCUCAUUGGAGAGACUUGAUUUUCGGAAAUGUCCAAAACUGAAAAGAUUUCCUUUUGGAGCCGGCGAUGAUGAUUUGCAGAGACUGAAAAUUUUGGAACUAGAAAACCUGCCGGAAUUUACGGGCUUCGGUGACGGAGAUGGUUCGUAUAGGAGGAGGUGUUGGCCCUCAUUAAAAGAGGUUCGUAUUGUGAAAUGUCCAAAACUGAAAAUGUUACCUUUUGGAGCACAUGAUGAUUUGCAGAGUCUGGAACGACUGACACUUGCGGGACUGUCAGAAUUCGUGGGCUUCAGUGAGGGAGAUGUUUCGUACACAAGUUGUUGUUGGCCCUCAUUAUGGAAGCUUACUCUCAGCAACUGUCCAAAACUAGAAACAUUUCCUCUUGCCCCGCAUAAUUUGCCCAAACUACAGUAUUUGAAACUAGAAAACCUGCCAGAAUUUGCGGGCUUCGGUGACGGAGAUGUUUCCAGGAGGAGGUGUUGGCCCUCAUUAGAGGUGGUUCGUAUUUUGGAAUGUCCAAAACUGAAAAUGUUACCUUUUGAAGCACAUGAUGAUUUGCAGAGUCUGAAAGAACUAAAACUAGAGGAACUGUCGGAAUUCGUGGGCUUCAGCAAGGGAGAUGUUUCGUACACAAGUUGUUGUUGGCCCUCAUUAUGGAUGCUUACUCUCAGCAACUGUCCAAAACUAGAAACAUUUCCUCUUGCCCCGCUUAAUUUGCCCAAACUCCAGUAUUUGGAACUUCACAAUCUGCCGGAUUUGGUUAGCUUGGGCCAGAAGAGGAGGAAUGAUACUAAUACUUCCUUCACCACCAUGUGUUGGGAAUCAUUCAAAAGAGUUCAUUUUUUCCGAUGUCCAAAAUUGGAAAUAUUUCCUUUUGGGGGUAGAUAGUGCACCUAAUUUGGAGAUGAUUGUCUCAGAUGAAGAUUUAAAAUGGCAAGACCAUGCCACCAAAUUACGAUUCAGCCCUCUCAAGCGGCACCCAGACCAGGUUAAAUUUGAUAAUCGGUACAAGAAUCCACUGUGAAUCUCCAACAGAUAAAAAAGAUUGUCAACAAUCCCGCCUCUCAAACAUUCGUUAUAUUUCAACUUGAAAUAAAGUGGCCAUGGGUUUCUUUCAGAAACUAGUUGGCUUUGCCAAAAAAAUAUGGCGUAGCCCGGUUGUUAAACCGGUGCGAAAGUUUGUAAAUGUCGUGGGUGCCUUGCAGACUCUGUAUGACAUUGGCAAAUACGUAUAUGACAAGGCCAAAGACAUUUGUAGGAAGAUUUUUAAAAGUGACGUGCGAGAGUCUGCUAAAGUUGAGAAGAUGCCUCUCCCAGGUUUGAGUGUGGAAGCUUCAACGGAAACGUUUAUGAAAUCACAUGGGCCAAUUUCUGAAGGGGGGCCUUCUGUAAUAAGCCUUCCAGAUAAGUUCAAGGACCUUAAUGAGCAAUUAACAGCUUCAUGUCGACGGAGGGACGACAUUAAAGCUGAGAUAGAGCGUGAAAAACAACAAAAGGCUCCAACAAACGAGUGCAUGGGCUGGAUUGCAGAUGUGGAUGCGACUGAAAAACGGGUGAAGGAGAUUGAAGAGCAGCACCGUGUUACUCCUCGGGCGGGGUUCAGUGAAGACGUGGAGAAGAUGAUCGAAAGCGUUAAACAAUUGCGGCUGAAUUCCAAGUUUGAAGACGGUUAUCUUACUGAUUUGCCACUACCAAAAGUUGAGAAGCCGCCUCUCCCAGAAUUGACUGUGGAAGCUUCAACGGAAAAUUUAGUAUAUGUAUAUGCAUAGUUGGUAUUCAAUUCCCCCUUUAAGUACUAAAACUGUUCAGUGAACAAUAAUAAAUACUUAAAAAUAAAAUUACUAUUAAAAAAUUCUUAAUUUAAA